AUGAUAAUUAAUUGUUUAAUUCAUUUAAGAGAUGCCACGUCAUGCUCAAUCAUCUAUUUAUUUAUCUAUCAAGGUUUAGAAUUUCGUGAUGAAAUGGAAUUCAUAUUCGGGGAGGCAGUGGCAACAAGUCAAUACCAAUGGACACCGGCUUUGGGUGUUCCAUCUGAAUCUAAUAUCAAUAAUACAACGACAAAUGUGCCACAUGAAAUUAUUAAAUCUGAUGAUAGUGGAUAUAAUGAUGAAGACCUUACCCUUGUGGAAAAUACUCAAUUCAAAAAGAAAAGAAAGAUUGUGUCAAAUAUGGGAGAAAAGGCAGCAAAGGGUAGGGCAAAGGUUGGGACAACAUCAGCAAUGAGAAAAACAUUUGAGCGAUUAGUUGAAGCAGCUGAAGAUCAUAAUGAUGUUGAAAAGGCUGGAAUUGUUGCUACAUCUCAUGUCCAUGGCCAAUACUCUAUUCCAGAUUGUGUUAAAUUAUUGAAAAAAGCAAAGGAUGAAGGUUUUUUGAAUAGUCAACAAUUUAGUUAUGCUUUAGAAAUGCUUAAAGAUGAACAAAAUAGAGUCUUGCUAAUAUCCUUAAAAGAAUCUAAGGAUGAUUUGGUAGAGUGGAUUCUAUACAAGUAUGCUGAAAAGAAAUCAUCCAAUAAUUAGCUUAAGCUUGAGAUUUAUGCUUUAGGU